CUAAGAAUGCGGAAGUGGAGCAGCCAAUUCCAAUGGAUCGUUCUUAUUGUACUUCAGUGCAAUGGAUAGUUCUGUAGGAUAUGAUUAAGUGGGAUGGAUGAAAACAAUGGAUGUGGGGAGCUGGACUAUUUGCUGCAAGAUGAACACUCACUCAUAGAGGGAGUCAGCAACCCUGUCCUGUUUGUGGUCGUUCUCAGUGUCACGUUCCUGUGUGGACUGGUGACUCUGCUCUGCAGAAAUGAGCAGCAUGACAUCCACCCAGAGAGCCAGGAACAUGUCCGUGCCGUCCGGCAGCAGCUGCAGUCCGAAUCUCAGGAAGGUGAACCAGCCGAGCCAAGGCAACAGUUCUAUACAGACAUGUCCUGUCCAGUGUGUCUACAGCAGGCUGUGCUGCCAGUGGAAACCAACUGUGGACAUCUCUUCUGUGGUUCUUGUGUAAUUGCGUAUUGGAGAUAUGGGACGUGGCUCGGUGCAAUCAGUUGUCCCAUCUGCAGACAAAUGGUGACCCUGCUGUUCCCACUCUUCCAUGAGCAUCCCUCCCCUCAGCAGGUGCAGGAUGGAACGGUUGAACCACUCCUCGUCCUCCGGGAUCUCAAUGACUACAACCGCAGGUUCUCAGGACAACCCAGAUCUCUGAUGGACCGGCUGCGUGACGUGCCCACGUUGCUGCGCCACCUCUCCAGGGAGAUGUUCUCCGUAGGGGGCCUGUUCUGGAUGUUCCGGAUCCGUGUCCUGCUGUGUCUGAUCGGGGCUCUGACCUACCUGGCCUCCCCUCUGGACUUGAUCCCUGAGGCUCUGUUCGGCCUGCUAGGCUUCAUGGACGACAUCUUCCUCAUCCUACUCCUCUUCAUCUACAUCUCCAUCAUGUAUAGAGAGGUGGUGACCCAGAGACUGGCAGACUGAUGUAGAGAGGUGGUGACCCAGAGACUGACAGACUGAUGUAGAGAG